CGCAUGAUCAGUCUUCAAAAGCAGUUGUUGAGGACAGAAUGCAGAGAAGCGCAGAACUUAACACCAGCCAUUACAAGUACUGGAUUUAAUUGGUCAACCCUCAGAAUGACUUUGCUGAGCUGUAUCAUCAUUCAGAUACUCUGGGCUUUCUCUGCUAAAGGACAAGCUCCAGCAUGUGAAGAGCCGGCUGCUAUUGAUUUUGGGGGGAUUGUUAGUGAUGAGAAAUUGGAGUAUAGGGAAGGUGACAAAGUGCAAUACAAGUGCAAUCCUGCAUACAGCCUGAUGGGAACUGAAUGGAUCACAUGCAGUGGAAAAACCUGGACACCUGCACCACAGUGUUUGGCACCGUGUAGUCUUACAAAACAGCAACUGGAGACCAAAAAUCUGCUUCUGUCCAAUAGGCGAAGACAUGCACAAUUGAUUCAGAGUGAGCACACACUGGAAUUUAUGUGCAGUGAAGGAUAUAUCCUCACAAUCCCUUCAGUCAGAAAGUGUGUUAAUGGGCACAUGGACUUGCCUUCAUGUAUCUCUGAAACAGGAAAAAACUGUAGCCGUCCACCUACUAUUGAGAAUGGAGACAUAACUACUUUCUUGGAAAAAGGAUACACAUCUGGCUCCUUUGUAGAAUUCAAAUGCCAACAAUUUUAUGCAAUGGAAGGACAGAACAGAUCUUUUUGUGACAAUGGGAAUUGGACAAAAGCACCACUUUGUUUAGAGCCAUGUGCUAUCUCAGUGGAAGAAAUGGAAAACCAGAUGGUAGAGCUGAAUGGGAGACCAAAUGAGAACAUAUCGCAAUGGGUGUACCUAAAACGUGGUGAUUUUCUUGAGCUUCGCUGCAAACCAGGAUAUGUACUUGCAACUAAUUUAUCUCAAUCUACUUUUAUGGUGCAAUGCAAUGGAAAUCCAAUUGUCUAUCCGAAAUGCAAAGAAAUUGUAUGUGAUCCUCCAGGAGUGGUUAAUGGUAGAUUCAGACCUCAAAGGAACAUGUAUAGGGAUGGUGAUGUCCUUAUAAUUACGUGUAAUCAUGGAUUUCACAUUAAUAAUGAACAAGAUACAGCUGAAUGCACAAAGAAUGGCUGGUUGCCUCCUCCAGGAUGUAGCAAUGCAACAUGUAGCGCUCCACAUAAAGUUCCCAAUGCUGAUAUUGUAAAUGAUAAGGAGGGAAGGUAUCUGCCUGGUGAUAGAGUGCAAUAUAAAUGUAGGGAAGGAUUUGAAAGUAUGGAAUCGAAUUAUGUAAUUUGUGAAGAUGGAGAAUGGUCACAACCACCAAUUUGCAAAGGUAGGUGUUUGUAUUUUAAUUAAAACAAGUAAGACCAG